AGUCCCUAUUUCACAUCCGACGGAAGCCCAGAAUAUAUUUUCUUCUGUCCGUAAGUCAAACAAAAACAAGUACUAUAUUUGCUCGCAAUGGAGCUCUCCCAACUGGAGGACCUAUACCACUGGCGCCGCUCACUUUGGGGGCUGGGCGAAGAAGCUAUCCGUAUGCCAUUGAGCUGCAGCUCCUGCCCACCGAGCGAUCUUCGCCAGCUGUUCGAUUGGUUAGCAUCUUUGGAGCUGCCCAUGCUGCAGGACGAGACACCGCCGCCCAGUUUCUACUUCGAUUUGCUGGAGUCCAAAGCCGUGGCACUUGACCGCAGUGUGCACAGCGGCAAGCUGCUCGUAACGCUCGGUAGUCAGACCGAGAAAGUUCCGGAGGAGUAUGUGUCCCACACACUGGCGUUGCUGGCGACCACGGCUCUGCAGCUAUCAAGAACUGGAGAUGCGCCAGCCUCCACAUGUCAUGCCGCAUCUGGUGAUGCAGUACCACUUCCAGUGUUGCAGGACACCGGAACCUGCCCCAAUGUGGAGCUUCCCACAUUGGUGGAGAUCGGAACUGGUCCCGAGUUGGCGCACACUCCCAGGAUGGUGGAGCAGGGAACUGGACCCGACCCCAAUCCGGUUUCGAUGGACACAGAUGGACGCAUGCCACAUGCGAGCAGCGAAUCGUUGUCCGCCGUGUUGAUGAGGGCGCUCCUGGGGAUGUCCGUGUGGUACGCCCUCUAUGUCCUCUCCAGCAUCACCGUCGAGACCUUCAUGACCCACGUGUGGGAGGCCUUCGUCCGGGACUUGCCACCGUCGCGGACUCCGCCGGUCGAGGAGACGCCCGCAUUCCUGUCCGCAGGCAUUUGGCAACGGAUUGUCGCCAAGCUGGCGGAGCUGCGAACCCGAUUGCCCUAAGUCCGCUCCUGGAUGAGCGGACUUUGUUAGUUUCGAUUCGGUUAUUUAUAAACCCAUCCCGCUAUUUUUACGCCACCAGUUUCAGUUUCAGUUUCAGUUGUUGUUCCAGUCGGAUUCCUUCGCCGCCGACGUCCACUGCUUGUUGUUGUUCUCGUUGCCGGCGGCGUUAGAGAUUACGAGACAAACACGGAGUGCCCGAAAAUGCGGAUUGCUGUUGUUGUGUACCCGAGAAGACAACAACAACAACAACAACAACUAUCCGGCCCGGCGAUAAGCGUCGGAAUCAACACGAAUCUCGGUCAACAGCUCACCGAUCCAUAGCCAAAUAAACGCCAAGCUGGGUCUCCAGUUCAAAUCGAAAUUGCUCGCUCUCCCGCCCCCGGCUAAAAUCUUCCACAUUCCAUAUUCCGCUGGUUAUAAUGCUACACCGCCUAAUCCGCCACGAAUCCGUGGCCAAUGAUCCCGAGUUCCGAGUCCCGAGUCCCGAAUCACGAAUCGGUCGCCUUAUCGGCGUGGUAUCAAGCACCUUUCGCACCUUUGCCGUUAAUAGGUGCAUUCACUCGCCCCAUCCUCAUCCCAUCCCAUCUCCAUCCGAAACGGAACUCGAUCCCGACUGGCGCCAUCGCUCCGUGCACUGCGAUGGAAGAUUCCCGCACUAACUGAUCGCACCUGGUGAAUGGUGAAUGGCGAAUGAUUCACUUUGUUCAUAACUAACAGAAUAGGCUUAUCGAAUGUAUGAACAAAAUAAAGAUCAAUGAAAA